ACCAUUUUCUGAAGAAAAAAAGUGUUCUUAGUGAAGAAAAAUGUCUGAUUCUGCAGUUGCAACGUCCGCUUCUCCAGUGGCUGCCCCAUCCGCGACAGUUGAGAAAAAGGUGGCCCAAAAAAAGGCAUCUGGAUCUGCCGGCACAAAGGCAAAGAAAGCCAAUGCGGCGCCGUCACAUCCGCCAACUCAGCAAAUGGUGGACGCUUCGAUUAAAAAUUUAAAGGAACGUGGCGGCUCAUCACUUCUGGCAAUAAAAAAAUAUAUCACUGCCACUUAUAAAUGCGACGCCCAAAAGUUAGCUCCAUUCAUCAAGAAGUACUUAAAAUCGGCCGUGGUCAAUGGAAAGCUUAUCCAAACAAAGGGAAAGGGUGCAUCUGGAUCAUUUAAACUUUCGGCCUCCGCCAAGAAGGAUAAGGAUCCGAAGGCGAAGUCGAGGGUUUUGUCUGCUGAGAAAAAAGUGGAAAGCAAGAAGGUAGCAUCCAAGAAGACUGGUGCUUCCUCCAAAAAAACUGCCGCUGGGGCUGCUGACAAAAAGCCCAAGGCUAAGAAGGCUGUGGCCACCAAAAAGACUGCCGAGAAAAAGAAAACCGAGAAGGCAAAAGCCAAGGAUGCUAAGAAAACUGGAAUCGUAAAGUCGAAGCCCGCCGCAACAAAGGCGAAAGCGACCGCGACCGCAGCGAAGUCGAAGGCUGCAGCAGCCAAAGCCCCAAAGGCAAAGCCAGCGGCGUCUGCAAAACCCAAAAAGACUGCGAAGAAAGCAGCGGUUUCUGCUACGGCCAAGAAGCCGAAAGCAAAGACUACGGCUGCCAAGAAGUAAAUUGUGAAAAGUACAUGUUCGCAAUCAAAAUUUUAGAUUUCCAGAUCUGAAAUUUGUUUAAACAAGCCCUUUU